AUGCCACGAAUAUGUCCUAUGCAAUUGUUGAACUGUCUCAGUGUUCUCUUAUCGCCACAUGGUGGCAUUAAAAGCAGGGAUGAAGUUCAAAGACUUGCAAGCCUAAUGACAAAAUUUUCUAAGAAACUAGUAUCUAAAUGUAUAUACAUACAAAUUUUAAAGUGUACAGAAACAGAUUUACUAGGCUUAUUUAUGGGAUCCGGUGGUUGGAGAUUGGUACACAUGUGGCUCACAGAAAGCAUUGUAGCUAAAAAUUGGCCACUCGUUAGAGAGCUUUUAGAGCUUUUGUUGUUAUGCCCUGUCGACAUAGAAAGGCUUAAAACAAAUAACUGUCCAAAGCUAGUCAAGGAAUUGUCUAAGGAUGGUAAUCACUACGCAAUCCGAGCUUUAGCUUCGAAACUGGUUGAACAAUGGCUAAAGACGGUAAAAGGUGAACAAGUCGUGCCUAUAAAACUAUCUGACAUAUCACAUAUAGUGUUAGAUGCGCAAACAGAAAUUGAACCAGAAAUUAAAAAUGAAAACCCUUCUGACGUAGAAAGUGAAAUAAAGGAGAAUGACAGUAAUACUGAGAGCAUUGUAAAAGUGGAAAACCCAUCUGAUGAGUUGCCUAAUCAAGAAGAAAAAGAAAACAACAUUAAGAUCACAGAUACAGAAAAAGAAGCAGAAACCCUGCCUGUUUUGAAAAUAACAUUAAAAAAUGGAAAACAAAUCUUAUCUCAAGUCGAUGAUAGUGAUAGCAAAGCAUCAGAUGAUUUACCUGAGAAAGAGAAAAUUAAAGAAAAACAUAAGAGUAAAAGUAGAGAAAAAUCUAAUGAUAAACAUAGCUAUAGCUCUAAAUCUAGUUCUUCAAAACAUUCAAGCAAAUCAUCAAGUGAAAAACAUAGAAGUAGUCAUAAGAGUAGCUCUAGCAAACAUAGUAGUAAGGAUAAAACAAAAGAUAAAGACAAACAUUCAUCACAUAGUUCUAAAUCGAAACACAAUACAAGCAAUAGCAGCAUUAGUAGUAAUAGUAGUAGUAGUAAACGGUCAAGCUCCUCUAGUAGUAAAACAAGGGAUGAUAAGUCAAAAGUAAGCUCAGACAAAGAAAAAAGCAAAGAAAAGGAUGAAAAAGGCAAAGAAUCACCUAAACCCUCAGAUGAAAAGGCUGAAGAAAAACAAAAUCCAACACCACCGUCUAUUCAAAAAUUAGGGAAAAUACCAAAACUAAGCGACGUUAAAAAAGAAAAGCCAUCAAUAUCAAUUGAAGUUAGAAAACCUGAUGAACCAAAACCAAAAACUGUAAAAACUUUCCAUUCAAAAUUUAGAAAACACGGAUUAGAGGAAGAAGUGAAACCUCCGCCGUCCCGCGCCUCAAUAUUAAACAAAAAACCACCACCUGUCUUACCACCAACAAUCCCAAUACCAAAAAGGCCAUCACCAGUUCACAAUGAACCACCUCCCGAGAAGAAACUGAAAACAAUAGAUAUUAUUGAGAAACCUGGAGCUAUUAAGUUGAUACCACCAAAACCGAAGCCCAUGUUGCUACUCGAAAGUGAUAUGUUUAUGGAUGCACUCAAUGCGUCAGCUACAAAUAAAAAAGAGCCUAAGAAAAGGAAACGACGGAUAAGUGGGUCUAAAGAUGGAAAUGCGCCAAACGAAACUUCUCCACCUGCAACACCAACUAACAUUACAAGUCCCAAUAGCGAAAAUAAAUCGGUGCCUCCAAGAUUCUAUCAAGAUACAUUAGAUACUGAGGAGAAUAAGCAAAACGUGAGUGAGAAAACUUCUGUAAGCAGUGAAGUUACAGAAAAUGAUAAGGAUCCUGAAAAUGAAGAGCAAGAAAAAAUUGAAAUGUCUGAACCACAUACUGUGACAGUUAACGGAUUAAGAGGUGUCCUUUGUUAUCACAAAAGAAAAGGCCCCAAGAAAAGCAUAAAAUGGAAACCUGAUUCCGAAUUGGAAGAAAUACAAUACUUUGAACUUGAUGAAACUGAACGUGUUAAUGUGACUAAAACAUUUACAGAUAUGAAACAUUUAGAAAGGAUUCAUGAACGGGAAGCUUUCCAGAAAGCAAGAAAUCUCAGUAACGAUGACGUAAUGGAAGAAAAAACAAGUUGGAAACCACUAAUUCCGAUUGACCUGGAUGGUCAAAUUCAAGUUGAAUAUGGUAAAAAUAGUAAAGAGAAGGAUAUUCAGGCAAUAAGACAGAAGGGAACGUUACAACCACUUUACUUCCACAAAUCAAUGAUUCCUGAUUCACCAUUGGAACCUGAACCCGAAACUCACCCCUACUCAGAACCAACGGUUAUACCUUUAGAUGAUGUUACAGGUAAUCAAGAUAACAUAAGUGAUUUUCGCAAUAUGCCUUGGCCUGAACCUAAAGGCAAUGCACCACCAACAUCCAACAGUAACAUGAAUGUACCAUCAAUAUUUCCUCCUACUAUGGCGCAGUUUCCUACCAGCUUUCCUGGACCACCACAAUUUCCUGGUGGACCUCCAGGAUUUCCAGGGUCUCCGAUGGUGCCUGGUGAGUGGCAAAAUGGAGUCCCACCACAUAUGAUGCCAAAUGGUAUUCCUGGUCCAAUGCCAGGUCCAGGUCUCACUCCGCCGGGACCCAUCCCACCGAAUAAUAUGCCUCCUGGAAUUAUGGUACCGCCGGAAAAUAUGAUGAUGAGUCCAGAUAUGUUUGGUCCCCCCAAUCCUAUGUUUCCUGUGCCACCCGAGGGCUUCAAUAUGCAACAAAAUAUGUUUCCUAUGGACUUUAAUAUGCCAGGGCCACAAGGGCCACAGGGUCCACCUGGCCCAGAAGGAUUUUCCGGCCCAGGAAACUUUCGAGGUGCCAUGCGGGGUCGUGGUGCUGGAGGACAUUGGAGAGACAUAUAUUACUUAAAAAAAUUAAAAGAUUUAAAAGAAAGAUUACUGAAGAAAGAUUAUUCAACUGUGAUAGAAUACAAAUAA